UCUGUUAGUUCUGUCUGGUUCUGUAGCAUGUUCUGUGGUGUGGUGGGGCCGCGUGGGUUCAGAGCGCACGUGCUUGCCUUGCGCGCAUUUAUUCUAUGGUUGCGCGUUUGAUGACUAUGACAGGGGUAGCUAACUGCCAGUAAGUGACCUUUAUUUGCGCAUUAGUUCUGACUUUGCCCAAAACUACGCGGACACAGCAGAAGCUUUGCGGUCACGGUAUACCUGAUUUUCUUAGAAACUCCUGUGCGUUCUACUUUGUGCUUCAGUUGGUGCGUUUGUAUACGAACUGCAGCUGGCAUCAUGCCUGGGCAAAAACAAAUAUCAGCGUUUUUUAAGCCUCUAGCAGCAUCACCCAAACAACCCAACCGUCGGCUUUCCUCUGAAGAUGCGGAGCAACCAAUAAAAAAACUCAGAUCCGGAGGCAGUCCUGAGAACAAGGCAGUUUCCCCUGCCAUUGACAUUGAAAAGAAGCGUCUUAUGGCCAAAGUCAAGCUCCAGUCUCGUGCGACGCCUAUUGUUCCGACUGACAUAGGUUUAUCUUGGUUUGGCGCCCUUGAACAAGAGUUCUCGAAAGAAUAUUUUGUUAAGCUCAACAGUUUUGUGCAAGAAGAGCGAAGGAAAUAUACUGUGUACCCUUCACAUGAAAAUGUCUUCAGCUGGACGAAGUCUUGUGAGGUUAACAAGGUAAAAGUUGUCAUCCUUGGACAAGACCCUUACCACAACCCAGGCCAAGCUCAUGGCCUAGCAUUCAGUGUACCGAAAGGUGUUGCCAUUCCUAUGAGCCUUCUGAACAUGUACAAGGAGCUAGCGAAUGAUAUUCCUGGCUUUCAGCAGCCUUCACAUGGCAACUUGACUGGAUGGGCGCAGCAAGGUGUGCUGCUGCUCAAUGCUUGUCUGACAGUACGUAUGAACACACCAAACGCACACAAGGAUCAAGGCUGGGAAAACCUCACUGAUGCUGUUAUUCGCCACCUCAACAAGCAGUGCAGCAACCUGGUUUUCUUACUCUGGGGUGCCUACGCUCAGAAGAAAGGUUCCAUCAUUGAUAGGACAAAUGGUGCUGCUUCUGGAUGCCAGAGAAGAAGAAACACCAGGUUCUUCAGUGUGCUCAUCCUUCACCACUGUCAGCUUCACGAGGCUUUUUUGGCUGCCGCCACUUUUCUAAGGCCAAUGAAUACCUUACAAAGCAUCACAAGCAACCAAUUGACUGGAGCUGUUUGCCUUGACUUGUGCUUAGUGGUUCUUGCCAUGGAAGUAAUCGAGAAUGAAGGUUUCCAUUUCUGUGAUACAAGCAUGUAAACAUAAUUUCAUUUAUAUUGUGAUCACCAGUGCAAGAAACUGCCAUUUGCAUCUUCGAGCUUGUUUACUAGUGGUAUUGCUCACAGACUCCAAAUCCAUCAUGAAAAUGUUCUUUCUGCAGUGUGUGAAGUGCCAAAGAUAAGUACCUGUGCAUUAUUUCCAAGUGUGUCGACAGCACUUCUGCACAGCAAUGUUUUUAAAAAUGUGCCUUGCAAAAAAAUGGUGUUUUACUGGGGUUCUGUUUUGAAAAUUCUUGUCCUUUCUUACAUGCCUGGUCAGCCAUCCUGUAUCACAGAAGAUAUUUGGAUUAUUUCACUUACUAAUGUUCUUAUUGCCAUGUGUGACCACUAUUUGAAACCAGUUUCAGAAUGCAACUUGAAGAGUCACAUUUUUUUAUCAAGUUAGUGUAGCCAUUCAUUUUUGGUGCAAAGAAAUUAAUGCCCAAUAAAAGCUUCAAACAAUGA